GACCCGGACCCGGACCAGGCCAGGAUUUCAACACAGCUUGUCCUGCAGAGCCUGGCCAGUGUCAGCGAUGGCAAGGCUUCCAAGUGCUGCACCGCAUACCCUGUGGAUCCUUUUCUUUUCAUAUACAACAAAUGAAGCCAUGGCUGCAGGACACGUGCAGGAAUUCGCGUGCUUCACAGACUACGACAGAGAGCUGGUUUGUCACUGGAAGGUGCCUGCACACUUGAAUUGCUCCAAAGAAUUCCUUCUCUACUACAGGAAGGAAUUGUUUUCUCUGCCAAACAGUGUUUGUGUCCCCAAGAAUGGAAAAGAGAGUUUAAGGUGCACUUGCACGAUAUGUCCGGAUUAUUUUGUAUCAGGCCUUACAUAUAUUCUGGCUCUACAGUACAAUGGGACUGAUAUGUGGAAUUACAGUGUUACACCAGCCCUGGUUGUUAAGCCAAGAGCCCCCCAAAACCUUGCCGUUGAGAAAGCUGAAAAUGGUAAUUUCAAUCUGAGCUGGGAGGAGAGCUACUCUCCUCCAUCCAUGCUCUCUGGACAGCCAGUCAUCCAUGAAGUGAAAUACUGGAGGAAACAGCACCCGACAGAGGUUUUUGUAAAAGCAAUUAACUACCAGGCAAAAAGCUUUGAAAUCACUGCAAGCUCCUUGAGGAGAGGCUAUGAUUAUGUUGCAACUGUGAGGUGUAACUAUACAGACUACCCGGCCUACUGGAGUGAAUGGAGUGAAGAAGUUGAAUUUUACUAUGAAUACCGAGUGACAGCUGAAGACAUUCUGCAGAUGGCUGUUCCUGUGUCCUGCAUUCUGAUCGUGGCACUAUCUGUCGUUUGUUACUUCUGUUUUACCAGAGUGAAGAAAGAAUGGUGGGAUCAAAUCCCAAAUCCAGCAAAGAGCCAUCUGGUCGUAAAAAAUGUCAAGUUUCCAGUUUUGUGCUACAUUGAUGAAAUUAAGCUCCCUUUCCACGACUUAAAACAGAAUCAUACGGAAAAGGAAAUAAGUUGCAAGAACUGUCUGGCUCAAAUCUUGUCAAGCCAAAACUUCAAGGGAAAACAUAACACCAGAAAUGUUGGGAAAUCUUGCAGUUGCCACAAGUCUCGAGAGCGGUUUCCGAAAGGCAGCAGCGCAGUUUUAACCCCUGAGACAGUUCUGGUUGAUGACUUGAUAGGAAUCGGUGGAUGCUUAACAGACAUUGAGGCUGAGCACCAGCAAGAGACUAGUGACCAUAUCGCUGUGUUUGAGCCUUCCGAGAGCAGUGUCAGUGCUUUCAGAGAGCACACUGAACACAAUGAUGCACUAGCUAGCAUGUUUAUAAAGCUUGUGGCAGAUGAAAAUAUGCAAGACCAUAAAGACCCAGACAUCAUCAUGGGUGAGAACAAAACCUUUGAGAAACUUGAGUCAGAAAAUCCCUCACAGCAAAAUACAAAUGAAAGCACAGCCCAGACUUGGCAGCUGUGUGAUGUUUCCCUUUUCCCCAGAGCUUCUCAAGAUGACUACAAUCAUAGUACAGCCAGCAAGAAGUCAGAACAAUCAGAAGAAUCCUUUGAAUCUGGCUAUCACAGCUCCAGCAUAAAUUCUUCUCUGGAUGCAAGAGAACUUCAACAUACGGCUCAUCAAAGCCAUUUUCCAUGCAGUUCUGAAAGUCAGCAUGAUUCGUGUCUCCUGAUCCUGGAAUCUCCAAAUAAACCAUCAUUUGGGACCAAAAAAGACAGAGUAAGCAACCCUGCAUGCAAGAGUUUUGAUAUCCUUCCGUCUCCAUCCAUGGGGCUGUGUAGCUCUGCAUAUAAGAGCUUUGACACCCUUAUAUCUCCAUCCAUGGAGCCCUGUGGUUCUGCCUACAAGAGCUUUGACACCCUUACAUCUCCAUCCAUGGAGCCCUGUGGUUCUGCCUAUAAGAGCUUUGACACCCUUACGUCUCCAUCCAUGGAGCCCUGUGGUUCUGCCUACAAGAGCUUUGACACCCUUACGUCUCUAUCCAUGGAGCCCUGUGGUUCUGCCUACAAGAGCUUUGACACCCUUACGUCUCCACCCAUGGAGCCCUGUGCUUCUGCCUGCAAGAGCUUUGACACCCUUAUGUCUCUAUCCAUGGAGCCCUGUGGUUCUGCCUACAAGAGCUUUGACACCCUUACGUCUCCACCCAUGGAGCCCUGUGCUUCUGCCUGCAAGAGCUUUGACACCCUUACGUCUCUAUCCAUGGAGCCCUGUGGUUCUGCCUACAAGAGCUUUGACACCCUUAUCUCUCAGUCUAUGGCUGACAGUAGCUUGAGUCUAUACUUUGAAAAUGUGUGCUCCUCUCCACCUUUAACACAGUUUUCAGACACACCAGAACUGAGCUGCAGAGAUCAGAUUUAUCAGCCCCCUCGCAAUCAGACAUCUUACACCAACUACAGAUCUCCCUGCACUGAGCUUGAUGUUCACAACACCUCUUCAGAACAUAGUGAUUUUCCAUCUUUCCCCACACAUGGAAAUGACAGUGCUUCAGCUUUCCUGCCAGAAGAAGAAAUACAUAACCAACUAACAUACCAAACUGUUCAAAAGAAAGCCAAUGUUAUUUCUUGCCCCACUGGACCUCAGCCAUCUGGUUAUCAACCUUUUGAUAAUGUAGUGAAGUAUAAUGGUACACACCAUGACAAUGACAGUGAGGUUAUCUCCAGGUUACAGUGCGAUUCCUUCACUCACCUUUUGUACAACCGCCUGAGAGGAACACCUCCAGAAACGACGAUCUGUGAACCUGACCUGAAGACGGAUGACCACGUGUGUUUGAUUGCACAGGGUUUUGAUGGCAGAAUUGUCCCAGAUUUAGUCUUUAGGGAGGGUGUUGCACAGACCAGUGAUGGCAGCCUUUGGAUCAUGAACUCUCAUGAGCUGUCUGGUGAUAGCAAAGAUGAAAAUAACAGCAGAGAGAGAACUACAAAGGGGACAAAGCCUAACAGCUUUAAGUGUACUGGUAAAGGAAUGCAGGAGAGCAGCAGUAACAGACUGAAUACUGCCUUCCGCUGCCACAUGCACAGCCACUUGAGGAAGCAUGGCAAUGCAGGGGAAAAUCAGGAGGUGAUGGAGCCUGCAGUAGGCAGGAGGUGCAGGUCUGCAGCUGCUCUACCAGGAAAAUCACUGGCCAGCACUGGGCUAAACUUAGAAAGAAAAACUGCAGAGCCGCCAGAGCUCCUGGUCGCAGAUAAGUUGGUGCCUCCUCUUUCCAUGGAUAACUCCUGUCCUGCUGAUUCUCACACCGUUCACAGUGAGGCUUCCAGACUGGCACCUGCGGUUCAGAAAAGACCAGUAGAGCUUUUGAGGGAAAACAGGGACAAUGAAAGAAAAAUGAGUUGUGUACAAGGCCUUGUCCGGGAGGACAACUGGUACAUGAAGGUUGCCUAGCCAUGUGCCAGGGCUGCACCAAGCCAGUCCUUGGAAAUAAACUGUAUUGCAGAUUGAAAUGUUGCUUGUUCUUCCAGUCUUGACUGAAGCGAGGGCUGCUGCAGCUCAAAGAAAGAUUCAGUUGGGAUGUGAUACUUGUGUCUGCUGCAGGACUGGCAACCAGUAUGUGAUGCAGGCCCCUGGGGACAGUAGGGGUUGGUACCUAACAAUUGCAGCUACAGAUCUGUCAGGGUUGCAAAGCCAGAGCUAAAGCUUCUCUGGCCUUGACUGUUCUCUAAAGUCAGAAGCAGCUGCAUAAUGUAGGAGUUCUUGGUUCAGCUCCUGUGGUUAUGCCCCAGCUGUGUUGCUUGGGAAGCGCACAGAGGUGAUGUGGGAGGUGCUGACACACUUGGAAGUAGGAUGUAAGUGCACAUCAAAGGGGAGCUUCCAUAACUUAUUUAUUGGGGUAUAGGGAGGAGGGAGGUCCUGUGUGCCUAGCCUCAGCAUGGGGUAUUGUUUCUACACAUGCUCAAUCGAGACCCAAAAUAAAAAUUCCUGUUAUUUGAGCUUACACAA